AAGGAGGCGCCUGUUGAUCUCUGCGCAUGCGCCAUUCCUCGUCCUGCUCUUCCUCAAACACCCGAAACUCUUCGUCCCUCUCAUCUUCGCGUGUGUCCCCCUGACUCGUCUUCGUCAAAUGAGGGUUCGUCAGCUGUUCUCGUGGUUCUCGCUCUCUGUUUGUUCGCUCGUCUCUUCUCUCUGUUGUCUUCGUGUUCGCUCGGAUGCGACUCGGGACUCGUUGAAUUCCUCCGCGCUGGAUUUCGACUCGUUCAGAAAACACUUCCAGCGCCAGAGUGACGUCACUGGCGAAGAGUUGAACCGACGUCACGUGUAUUUCCAGGAAGCUACAAAGAGGCAUGUGUACCUGAACUCAUUUUCCACUGCACCUCAGUCUGCAAAGUACGGCGUCAACCAGUUCUCUGACCUCUCCCCGCAGGAAUUCAGAGAUCUCUACCUGCGAGCGAGCGCCGACAGAGCGCCGCAGUUCUCUGGACGGAAGACAGAGGGGCUCCCUGCCAAGUUGGACUGGAGGGACAGAGCAGCAGUGGCCCCGGUCCAGAACCAGCAAGCAUGUGGGAGUUGUUGGGCUUUCAGCGUGGUGGGAGCCAUGCAGUCCGCCCACGCCAUCGAAGGCUCGCAGCUGGAGCAGCUCAGCGUACAACAGGUUCUGGACUGCUCCUUCAAAGACGAGGGAUGUAACGGAGGCUCCCCGGUCAGGGCUCUGAACUGGUUAAAACAGUCCCGGGUGAAACUGGUGCCUCAGUCCGAGUAUCCCUACAAAGCCAAGACGGGAAUCUGCCAUUUCUUCCCCCGGUCACAUAACGGCGUUGCUGUGAAGAACUUUACUGCACAUGACUUUGGUGGUCAGGAGGAGGCCAUGAAGGGUCAGCUGCUGCAGCACGGUCCUCUGGCAGCCGUCGUGGACGCUGUCAGCUGGCAGGAUUACCAGGGAGGGAUCAUCCAGCACCACUGCUCCAGCCAAUGGUCUAACCAUGCUGUUCUGGUGGUUGGAUACGACACGACUGGGGAUAUUCCAUACUGGAUCGUGCAGAACUCCUGGGGACCCACAUGGGGGAAGGAGGGUUAUGUUUAUAUAAAAAUCGGUGACAACGUCUGCGGUAUUGCAGAUUCGGUGGCAGCUGUUUUCCUUUAACAACAUUAUGUAUAUUUAUGUUUGUGUUGUUAAAUGUGUCUUGUGUGUGAGUGCGUGUGUGUGUGUGUGUGUGUCUCCACAUCACUGCUGUCAAAAAAAACGAAAAUCAGUCAUCUGCCUUCAAAAUGUCAUUUUAAAUAAUGUUUCUCUUUAUUGAAAUGUCACCAUCGUGCAUCGGUUGAACAAAAUAAAUCACUUCAUACGUUGAUACAUGUUGGAUGAUAACUAAGCGAUUAAGACACUCGCACUGUAAAACCGACAACAAGAUGCACUGUACAAAAAUGUGUAUCUUAAAUACAUAAGGGUUAUACAAGUCAUGGGUAAUAUAAUAAUGAUCAAAUUAAGACAUACAGAGAUCAUUUGAUCAUUGCAUAAAUACACAGCAUCAGUCAACACCAUAUAGAAUACUAUACAAAGCUCAUUUAUAUCAGCUACAUUAUUGACAUUAUGUACAGAUUCAAUGGUUUUGUCCUAUUGUAGAUCUUGACGUUGAUUGUUUACGCAGAGGCUUCCACCCGAUUCGUGUCUGAGUGAGUGUUCAGAAAUAACUUGCUCUCUGACACCGUCCUCAUGCUUUGUUAUAUAAACAAAAAAAAAAGAGAAAAGUCUUCAUCGCCUCCAGUUUGAUCAGCUCCCGCACCGAUCCAUUCACUGUCAGGUCAGUCACAGCGAAUUUGCAUAAUGUUAUUGAGAAAACAUCUAAGCGAAUCUUAUCAAGGAGCCAUCUGCCGUACUCGUGACUCGUGACCGGUCAGGAUCACAGAUUGGUGCCAAAACUGUUUACUCUGGCUAUUUGAUUUAAUCAGGGUCAGACGCCCGAUGCAGCUAAUGAACUAAUCAUUUACUUGUUUAUCUAUUUUUGUCAUCGGGAAAAACAAUGAGUUUCUGCCUUUGCUUGCUAAACGAUGAAAUGUACAAGUUUCUGUAUUUACACGAA